UUUUUAUUUUUGACAGAUAUCUUUAUAACUAUUACUGUAUUAUUGAAAAUUUGCAAAAUGCCGAAGCAAAGUGCCAGAUUGGCUCCAACUACGGAGCAAAUGCUUUUUGAUCCUUUAACAAAAUUGGCAUCAAAGCAUUGGUCAAAUGAAGCAUUAGAAAAAAGUGAGAAGUUUCAAUCAAGUAUAAUCGAAAAAGUAUUUUCGACUGAAAUUGUUGGCAAGGAAUUUAUUCCUCGAAGGCUCAUGAUGCUGGAGUUCAGUCGGUAUUUAGAAAAUUAUUUAUGGCCAAAUUUUACACCUGAAACAUCGACACAUGCAUUUGUAAUGUCAAUUGUAUGCAUGGUCAAUGAAAAAAGACGGGAAAGUGUUCCUGCAUGGGAAGUAUUCAUUGAAAAGCCAGAACAUUUUGGGCAUUUCUUCACGGAAGUUAUGAAAAUAGUUUUGAAUUCAGAACAUCCAAUUAUCCAACGUACCGUGUGCAUUGUUUUUUUGAAUCACUGCUAUAACAGUAUUGAAGUUGAUGUUGUAAGAUUACGAACCCUUCGUACUCUUACACUUGGAUGUUGGAAAUGCUUACUACCAGAAAGAUUGGAAAGUGAACUGAAGAAAAGUACUAAGCUCAAAAAACUUUGGAAAUCUAUUGCUAAAAAAGAUGCUAAAGCUUCGGAUGACGAAAAUGAAAAAUCUGAGUUCGAUAGAAGCUUUCUCCGAAAACUGAUGGAUCAUUUUCUCACUCUUCUUUUUUCUACAAAUAUGAAUGAUGAAGCUAUUGAUCAUUGUCAAAGAUUUUUGCAGUUGAUGAUUGAUCUAGAUUCUUGCCUCGUAACUCGAAGAAAUUUCAAUACUUUACUAGAUGAUGCUCAAUUUGUAGUUCGUUGUCGCCAAUCUCAACUCUACAAAAACGAUGAUGUUUUCUCACAGCUUGUUGAAAAUCUUGCAGCUUAUGCAGUUUUUGAAGUCAAUGAUCUUACAGGGGAGGCACUCACAGAACAGGAAAUGCUUACAGCACAUUAUGACCGAAUGCAGAAGUUGCAGAGGUGUGCAUUUUCAAAGUUUCCAAACUUAAAGGAAUUUGCUCUUGGAACUGUAGUACACAAUGACAAGCGUGAAGCGCUCAACAAACAUUUUGGAGCUUUAAGUUUAGAAGAAAUGAAAAAAUUAUGUGAUCAAAUUGUAAUGAGAGUCAGUGAAGAAGAUGACAAACGAAUUAUACUUGAAAUGCUAAUAAAUAAGUAUGAACGACGACCAUCACAACUUGAAGCAAUCAACAGACUUCCGCUUUAUCCUACUGAAAAAGUUCUUUGGGAUGAGAAUCUUACAAAAACAGAAAACUUCUUUCAUGAUAGGACAUUGGCACUUCCAAAACUAAAUCUUCAGUUUUUGACUCUUCAUGACUACCUAUUGCGUAACUUCAACCUUUUUCGUCUUGAAUCAGCGUACGAAAUUAAAAGCGAUAUUGAAGAUGCGGUGAAACGUCUUCAACCUUAUCCUACAAAUGACGGAUCUUCAUCUUUUGGUGGAUGGUCAAGGAUGGCACUACCUAUCCAGGCAUUCAACGUUGUGGAAGUUGCCAAACCAGAUAUAGCAGAGUCUUGCCCUUCUCAAGUUCGUGCUGAUGUCACAAUUGCUUUGUCAUCAUCAAGGCAACUGAGAGCGGAAUGGGAAAAUCUACGAAAGCAUGAUGUUUGUGUGCUUCUGUCUGUUACAGCACUUGAAGUGGAUGAAACAGUGAGACGAGACCGUAGUGUACCAUUUCUAUCAAAAUACCAUGUAGUUGUACGAGGUUGUGAGAUUGAAGGAAUGCUUGAUAGCGAAGGUCAUGUGAUAGAAGAAGGUCCAGAGCCAAAGCCUCAACUUGAUGGAAAUACUCGUACCUAUAGAAUCUGGUUAGACACCAAUCAAUACCAAGAUGAUAUGGAAGCAGUUCUGAAAGAUGGUGAACAAGAUCCGUAUGAGACAUUCAAUGUCAUUAUGCGGCGCAAACCAAAAGAAAACAACUUUAAAGCAGUGCUUGCUACAAUAAGAAAUCUAAUGAAUGUACAAUGUGUUGUACCAACCUGGCUACAUGAUGUACUGCUAGGAUAUGGAGAUCCAGGUGCAGCGAACUACAAAAAGUUAGGACGCAUCAUUGAUAAUCUUGACUGGAAUGACACUUUCUUGUCUUUGGAUCAUCUUAAAGAAGCAUUUCCUGGUUAUGAUGUGUCACUUUCUGAGGAUUCCCAAAUUCCGAUUCCACCAUUCAAAUUGUCUUUUCCUGAAGACAAGAAAAUUUCAGUCACUGCACACGUGAUACCAAAUCGUGGACCUUAUCCAUUUAAUGCACCCCAGAAGAAUACAAUCAGAUUUACUCCAACACAAACUGAAGCAAUCAGGUCAGGAAUGCAGCCGGGUCUUACCAUGGUUGUUGGACCUCCUGGUACUGGAAAAACUGAUGUUGCUGUGCAAAUCAUCUCUAAUUUGUAUCAUAACUUUCCAGAACAGAGGACACUGAUUGUUACUCAUUCUAACCAGGCAUUGAACCAGCUUUUUGAGAAACUUAUUCAUUUAGAUAUUGACGAAAGACACCUUCUACGUUUAGGUCAUGGUGAAGAGGAACUCGAUACUGAAAAAGAUUUUUCAAGAUACGGGAGAGUUAACUAUGUUUUGACUCAAAGAUUGGCACUUCUGAAAGAUGUUGGUAGAUUGCAAGAGAGCUUAGGUGUUCCUGGUGACGUCUCAUACACUUGUGAAACUGCGUCACAUUUUUUCAAGUAUCAAGUGCUUUCAAGAUGGGAGCAAUACCAGCAUGAAGUUAAAAAUAAAAACACUUCUGAAACAGUGUCUGACAAAUUUCCCUUUCACUCAUUCUUCGCAGCUGCACCACAACCCCUUUUUCCCAAAAAGGAUUUUGAGCACGAUUGGGACAUUGCGCAAGGAUGUUUCAGGCAUAUUAAAAAUAUCUUUGAAAAACUUCAAGAAUACCGUGCGUUUGAACUUUUACGUUCUGGCCUUGAUCGUUCUCAUUACCUGCUUGUCAAAAGUGCAAAGAUUAUCGCUAUGACAUGUACUCAUGCAGCACUAAAGAGGCAAGAUUUAACUAAAAUGGAUUUCAAGUAUGAUAACAUACUCAUGGAAGAGUCCGCUCAGAUCUUGGAAAUUGAAACGUUUAUACCUCUGUUACUGCAAAAUCCUUCUGAUGGAUACAACAGGUUAAAACGUUGGAUAAUGAUUGGAGAUCACCAUCAGUUACCACCUGUGAUAAAAAACAUGGCAUUUCAACGUUUAUGUAACAUGGAGCAGUCCCUAUUUGCAAGGCUUGUUCGGUUGGGAGUUCCCACUGUAGAUCUCGAUGCUCAAGGCAGAGCAAGGCCGUCUAUUCGCAGUCUCUAUAGUUGGAGGUACAAGGUAUUGAGAGAUUUGCCACAUGUUCUCGCACAACCUGAAUUUAAGAUGUUCAAUCCUGGUUUCGUGUUUGAUUUUCAAGUUAUAAAUGUUGAAGAUUAUAAUGGAGUGGGAGAAUCAGAACCCAAUCCUUAUUUCUAUCAAAAUUUAGCUGAGGCUGAAUACUGUGUAGGUGUCUUCAUGUACAUGCGACUUCUUGGAUAUCCAAGCUCUGAAAUUACAAUCUUGACAACGUACAAUGGUCAAAAGCAUUUAAUCAGAGAUGUCGUCAGGCAAAGAUGUGGUGACAACCCUCUCAUCGGAUGGCCAGAUAAAAUCACCACUGUUGAUAGAUUCCAAGGUCAACAAAACAACUACAUUCUUCUUUCUCUUGUUAGGACAAAGACAGUUGGACACAUAAGGGAUGUAAGGAGAUUGAUUGUUGCUAUGUCGAGAGCUAGGCUGGGUUUGUACAUCUUUGCGAGAGUUCCACUCUUCAGAAAUUGCUUUGAGUUAUCACCUGCUUUCAAGCAAUUAUUGAUGAGACCUAUGCAACUAGAAUUACUAACAGGAGAAACCUACCCUCCAAAAACACUGCGCAAUACAGCUGCACCUAAGUUUGUUAUCAAGGAUAUGGCACAGAUGCAUCAAUAUGUUUAUGAUAUGUAUUUGACAAUUGUGAAAGAAAUGAAUAAACAAAAAGUUGCAUUCCAAUCACUGGCUGAACCACCUGAGCCUACCACAGAGGAUGAUAAAGAAAAUAAAUUUGAAGAAGUACCGAUUGCCUUUGAAGUAGAGCCUCCUGUGUCAGAAACAAAAGAUAUGGAGCAGGAUGAAGCGAAUUCAGCACAACAGGCUGGAGAUGAAAAACAGCAAGCUGUGGAAAGCACAGAUAACAAAGCAAAGGAUGGUGAUCAAGAACCAGCUCAAAGUGAGGAAAAAGAUGUAGAAUCUGAUGCAAAUCAAAGCAAUGAUGACAAAGAUCCUGCUCCAAAGAAAAUGAAAUUAGAUGAGCCAGACGAACAAGAAAAAAUUUAGGAAUUAUCAUUUGAAAUGAUCAUGUCUUUUAUCUCCUCAAUCAUAAUGUUCUGCCCAUGAAUGUUCCAUUUUGAAUAAAAGUCUUCUAAAAGCAGUUCUAAUAAUGAAUGAAUGCUUCUAA